CAAAACUAAUCAUAACGAUUAAAAUCAGCUUCUCUGCGAGAGGGAGGCAAUAGGCAAGUUGGAGGCAGGAGGAGUGAGGGUGUUGUAAAUGCAGAAAAAAAAAGAUUUCUUUAUUUGAUUUUAUAAAAACAUAAACUCAACAAAGACUGAGGCACUGCCGCUGUGAUCUCUUCCUUUGCUGGGAGUUUUAUUCUGCAGAUUGGUUUAGACUGGGGCAGAGACAUGAGCUAAUUGUAUCCUGAUCUUUGCCUUGAGGGGUUUCGGAGCCCUGGAGCAAGUAUUCUCUGUAUUUUGUUCUGUCUACCUUAGCCAAGCUAUUGCAUUUCUCACUGGUGUAGGAAGAGAAGCAGAUCGUGGGCCAAAUCGGAGGGAAAAGGUGCAUAAAAAGCUACUUUAUGCCGCUCUAUGUUUCAGGAUAAUCGCUCCAGCAUGUCCAGGCCCAUGAUCACACGGUCACCAGUGUCUCCCUUGAGCAACCAGGGCAUCCCAACACCUGCACAGCUCACCAAGUCCAACGCCCCUGUGCACAUUGAUGUGGGCGGACACAUGUACACCAGCAGUCUGGCCACCUUAACAAAAUUCCCAGAAUCCCGAAUUGGUCGUCUCUUUGAUGGCACAGAGCCUAUAGUCCUGGACAGCCUGAAGCAGCACUACUUCAUUGACAGGGAUGGACACAUGUUCCGCUACAUCCUCAACUUCCUCAGGACGUCCAAGCUCCUCAUCCCAGACGACUUCAAAGACUACAGUCUGCUGUAUGAGGAGGCGCGAUACUUCCAGUUGCAGCCCAUGCUUGCUGAGCUGGAGCGCUGGCGCCAGGACCAAGAGCUAGGCCGGGUGUCGCGUCCCUGCGAGUGCUUGGUGGUGCGUGUUGCACCUGACCUGGGCGAGAGGAUUACGCUCAGCGGCGACAAGGCCCUGAUUGAAGACGUGUUUCCGGAAAUUGGCGAUGUCAUGUGCAACUCUGUCAAUGCUGGCUGGAACCAUGACUCCACGCAUGUCAUCCGCUUCCCACUCAAUGGGUACUGCCACCUCAACUCUGUCCAGGUUCUAGAGCGCCUCCAACAACGCGGCUUCGAGAUCGCCGGCUCCUGCGGCGGAGGCGUGGACUCAUCCCAAUUCAGCGAGUACGUCCUGAGGAGGGAACUGAGGAGGACGAGUCAGCGAGGAUCCAAUUCAAACAGGAUAAAGCAGGAGCAGCUGGACUAGAAACCUCCCGAGCAGCAGGAGGUGCUAGACUUUUCUGUGGCAGCCAAACGCUCGAUGCUGCAGAGCUCUGUGGACUCUGUUUUUCUUCGUUUCCUUGUUGAUGUUUUUGUUUUCUUAAACUUGAGAACCAUCUAGAGAAUAAAAAUGAGGUGCAACAGGAGAUUUUUUUGCCAUAAGAAGAUACAAGACAUUUGAUAAGUUUGAGAUUGCAAGGACAUUUGUGAAUGUCUAGCCCCUGUAAAACAAUUAAAAAAGGAUUUAUAUACGCUGGAUCCCCAAGCAAAGUUUGUUUUAAAACUUGGAGCCUACAUUAGGUUGAAUAUGAUUUCUACUAUACCCAUAUAAAUUAAAAACAAAUAUAGCUCAUGUAGUAUGUUGCAUAGCUUGUCACCAGUGAUUUGAUUUUGACGUCUCACUGGCAAAUUGGCACAGUCUGUUUUUAGUCCCUUGCUGUAAAAAGGUCACUAAUGUGUUGCUUACAGUACAGAAUGUCUCAGUUGUCAUAAACAGUUAGUUUCAACAAAGCAUCUUUUUUCACAUGAUGUUGAAUAUUGUGAUACCAAUGAAGUGUUUUUUACUUUAAUGGAAGUUAUUUUAUUGGAUUAUGCCAUGACAUAUAGUUGACAUUAUUAGUCUCAUCAAAAUUAAGCAUCAAAGGCCAUCCUAUAUGCAGCAGUACAGAAAAUAAUUUAGUAAAUUAUUAUGUCACAUUUGCUUCAUCAGGGAGUAUGAACGACUAACCCCUGUGUGCUACCUUGGGAAUUAUUUAAUUGGAUCAUAAUAUUCCUCCGAGUCAUGACCUGUAAAUUUUUUCAUUGUAUAUGUGUUUGUGUUUUUUACAUUGAAUCUUUUUAAAGCAAAUUUGUUGCCUCAGACAUGACUGAACAGAUUAAGGCUUAUUGUACUACCCACUCCAAGAUCACUUUUACUUGUAGCACAUAUUGAUAUGAAGUUGGAUAUAAAGUAUUUCUAAGAUGACUGACCCACCUACGCUCCCUAGAUUUGAGUAAAGAGGAAUGUAGCAAAACAAAUGUGAA